GGAUGGCGGGGGAACCUUGGCUCCCUGGGGUAGCAGGUGAACGUGGUUUCCCUGAGGUGGCGGGGGAACCUGGGCUGCCUGGAGCGGCGGAGGAAUCUGUGGUCCUUGAGAUGGCGGGGGAACCUUGACUCCAUGGGACGGCGGGGGAACCUGGGCUCCAUGGGGAGGCGGGAGAAUCUCUUCUCCCUGGGGAACAUGGGUUCCAUGGGGAGGUGGGGUAACCAGGGCCCCUGGAGCGGCGGGGCAAUAGGGGCUCCCUGGCUCCCUGGGGAACCUGGGCUCCCUGGGUCGGCGGGGAAACUUCGGCUAACAGGGUCGGUGGUGGAACUUGGGCUCCCUGAGGCGGCAGGGCAACAUGGGCUCCCUGGAGAGCCGGGGUCAUCUGGGCUUCCUGGGUCGGCGGGAGAAUCUGGACUCCCUGGGAUGGUGGGGGAACCUGUGUUCCCUGAGGUGGGAGGAAAACCUGGGCUCCCUGGGGAGGCUGGGUAACCUUGGCACCCUCGGGAGGCGGGGCAACAUGGGCUCCCUUG